AUAACAGCUUAAAUGUCCACUUGUGCAGAUGUUCCUAAUAAAGUGGACGGGGAGUGUGUCCUAGCAAGGGGACAAAAACAAACAGCAUUUCUUACGUCAUCUUCACAAUACUCUCUGCGUGAUGCCAUACACCUGUCCCUGCAUUCUUUUAUAUUCUUGAAAACAUUUCUUGUAGUUAUCUGUAGUUCUAUCUAGAUCUCGCUGCUCUAGUUUCAUUAAAUCUACAUAUGAACAUCAUUCAAAACGAAACCGCAAAAACCCAAAUGUAUCUCCAUAUGACAAAGCAGGAAAGCAGAUGGUAGAUAAAAGAAAGAAAAAAAAAAGACUGUGGAUGAUGAACAGACUACCUGUAAGUCCUAAAUGUUCACACUACCUGAAAGACUUCUCUUAAAUUCUACAGUCACAGAUUAUUUCAUAUACCAUUAAAACUGCUUUUAGUUUUUAACUUUUAUUUAUUCUGCCUGAUGCAAUUUCCGGUCCUCGCCACGCCCCUUUAGAAACAGAAGCGCUUCCCGAAAUCAACCGUUUUUUAGCGAUAACAAAUAAUUCUACAUGAAUUAUAAUUAAAUUCUAACUAUAUAAAUCUUUAGUUACUGUGGUUAAACUGAUUACUGGUAUAAUAUUCCGACCAUCGACACACUGACAGAGAAAGUCAUGUCUCUUUUGAGAAACAUCGCGACUAAAGCAGAAAAUGGAGGACUGCAGCAUGAAGGGAGUAUGUGAAGUCCAGCUAGAAGACACGACGGAGUCCAGUCUGUGACCACACGGUUCACUGACCUGCUCCAACUCUGUGGUUCGGCAAUAUAAUGAAAUCUGCCUUUCUGACACGUUUAUACAUAUUAGGUACCUGUGCUGCCCUCACAUUUGGAAGUAAAUGCAGACAAAGUGAAUAUAUAUCAGCAGCUGGAGAAUGCUGUCCUAUGUGUGCUAUAGGGUCAGUGGUUCUGAAAGACUGUCAUGGUGAUUACAGUACAACAUGCAAACCUUGCUCUAAAGGAACAUUUAUGAAUGAACCAAAUGGGCUACUCACCUGCUUUCAGUGUAAAAUCUGUGAAAAUGGACUUUAUAUUUCACAAGACUGUACAACAUUAGAGGAUACAGUGUGUGAGGUGAUAGAUGGAUAUUAUUGCAUGAGUUAUUCAGAUGACAAAAGAGAUUGUUUACAUGCAAUAAAACAUAGUAAAUGCAAACCAGGGGAACAGAUAAAAACUCCAGGCACAAAGACCUCAGAUACAGUUUGUGAGCCCUGUCCCCCAGGAUUUUACUCUCCUGAAGGUGUGAACUGUUCUAAAUGGACUGACUGUUCAGUCAAAAAUGAGAUUGAGGACCAAGAAGGCACUUCCAUUAAAGAUGUUCAGUGCAAACCAAGAAACUGGAAUAUGAGAUAUGGACUCAUAGCAGUUUUACUUACAGUUACAGCUCUACUUUUGCUGUCACUUAUAGUUUUAUAUUUAAAGCGAAAACGAGCAAACAGUAGAAUAACCUUAAAAAGUCCUGAAGAGGAAACUGAUCCUCAAAUUUCAGAAGUUGUCUCAUCAACCUGUCCACUGGAAGAAAAUCAGGAAACAGAAUCGCCAGAUUGCAGCAAGGAACACUUGGUGCAGGAGAAAGCAUGAGAUACUCCACAAGGAUUUUCUAGUUCCCACCAGUUCUAUAAAAGGGCCCAAAAAGAACAGCAUUUUUUCUUUGAUUAAUGCCUAUUGAACAGGUCCUAUUGACUCCACUAGGCAGAAUAGAUUUACACAGGACAAUUUUUACUAGUGUACAAUUUUUACUAAUUAUCAUUUUUUGGUACUUUGUUUAGGAACUGUUUCGAUAGCUCCCCCUCCCGCGUAACUUUUUGAGGUAUCAAGACUGCUUACUGUUUGGUUGAUGUAACCAAGAGAUAUGGAGGAUAUUGACAACAACAACAGCUUUUUAUAUCUUGUAACUGGUUUUCUGAAUUUUUAUACAUCUGAAUUUCCCAUGGUUAUUUAGAAAAAUUACUAACAAAAUUAAAAUAAUAACUUGCUUCUAAAUGAACAAAUCACUAUCACUUCAUUUGUGUCAUUGAUAAAAUCUGUGACAAGUAAAUUAGAUCUGGAAAACAAAUUUACAUACUACUCAUUAAUAGAGCAAUAAGUGUUAGAUUGGUAGUAACCGCACCUCAGUCAUUAACUACAGUGUACUACACUACUAUAAAUGAUGAUUUGACUGUUAGAUUGUACAAUUUAAACUGAAAUGAUUUUUUCUACUAACAUAACUUACAACUUUUAUGGUGUGUAUAAAAACUAAUAUGCCUUUCAAUUUUCAUGUAGUACUAUAGUACUAUAUGUAGGACUGUAGUCAGAGGUGUAGUGUGAAUGGGUAUGCUUCUUGAUAUUUAUAAAUUUCAUUAAAAAAAAACUUGUGUCUGCAGUCUAGUUACAUAAUUUUUCCUUUGCUUGUCUAUCAUAUCUACUCACCCAUCCAUCAAAUCUAUCAAUAUAUCCGAAGCAUAUCCAUUAAAAAUAAUCUAGUUUUACCUAUAAUUAUACUAAAACUAUAACUGUGUAUGACAAAAAAAAUGUAUGUAAAAUAUAUAGCAAUUGGUCUGGUUACUGAGAUAACAGACUGCUUCCGGGAACGUGGACGUUUGUUGUGGAUAACAAGGAAUCUAAACUAUGGAAUCAUUUAUGUUAUGUUGUCUAGUUAACACUAACUAUACUAACCUAUGGUAGUUAUGGUCAAACUGGUUACUUAGAUAUCUCGACUUUUCUGUACAUAUUCUGUAAGCAGGGUGUGUGACCUGCUUAUGGCUGCAUUUUGCAAACUAUGAAGUUAUCUACGUAACAGUUAUCUCUGCUACAAUGUGAAGUAGUGAGUGUACAGCCUGUAUAACAGUGUAAAUUUGCUGUCCCCUGAAAAUAAUUCAACACACAGCCAUUAAUGUCUAAACCAUUGCCAACAAAAGUGAAUACACCCCUAAGUGGAAAUGUCCAAAUUGGGCCCAAUUAGCCAUUUACCCUGCCCGGUGUCAUGUGACUUGUUAGUGUUACAAGGUCUCAGGUGUGAAUGGGGAGCAGGUGUGUUAAAUUUGGUGUUAAUGCUCUCGCAUGCUCUUAUACUGGUCACUUGAAGUUCAACAUAGCACCUCAUGGCAAAGAACUCUCUGAGGAUCUGAAAAAAAGAAUUGUUGCUCUACAUAAAGAUGGCCUAGGCUUUAAGAAGAUUUCCAAGACCCUGAAACUGACCUGCAGCAUGGUGGGCAAGACCAUACAGUGGUUUUACAGGACAGGUUCCACUCAGAACAGGCCUCGCCAUGGUCCACCAAAGAAAUUGAGUGCACAUGCUCAGCGUAAUAUCUGGAGGUCGUCUUUGGGAAAUAGACGUAUGAGUGCUGCCAGCAUUGCUGCAGAGGUUGAAGGGGUGGGGGGGUCAGCCUGUGGGUGCUCAGACCAUACGCCGCACAUUGCAUCAAAUUGGUCUGCAUGGCUGUCGUCCCAGAAGGAAGCCUCUACUAAAGAUGAUGCACAAGAAAGCCCGCAUACAGUGUGCUGAAGAUAAGCAGACUAAGGACAUGGCCAGAACCAUGUCCUGUGGUCCGAUGAGACCAAGAUAAACUCAUUUGGUUCAGAUGGUGUCAAGCGUGUGUGGCGGCAACCAGGUGAGGAGUACAAAAACAAGUGUGUCUUACCUACAGUCAAGCAUGGUGGUGAGUGUCAUGGUCUGGGCCUGCAUGAGUGCUGCCGGCCCUGGGGAGCUACAGUUCACUGAGGGAACCAUGAAUGCCAACAUGUACUGUGACAUACUGAAGCAGAGCAUGAUCCCCUCCCUUCAGAGACUGGGCCGCAGGGCAGUAUUCCAACAUGAUAAUGACCCCAAACACACCUCCAAGACGACCACUGCCUUGCUAAAGAAGCUGAGGGUAAAGGUAAUGGACUGGCCAAGCAUGUCUCCAGACCUAAACCCUUAGGUGGGGGAGCGCAAGGUUUCUAACAUCCACCAGCUCUGUGAUGUCAUCAUGGAGGAGUGGAAGAGGACUCCAGUGGCAACCUGUGAAGCUCUGGUGAACUCCAUGCCCAAGAGGGUUAAGGCAGUGCUGGAAAAUAAUGGUGGCCACACAAAAUAUUGACACUUUGGGCCCAAUUUGGACAAUUCCACUUAGGGGUGUACUCACUUUUGUUGCCAACAGUUUAGACAUUAAUGGCUGUGUGUUGAGUUAUUUUGAGGGGACAGCAAAUUUACACUGUUAUACAGGCUGUACACUCACUACUUUACAUUGUAGCAGAGUGUCAUUUCUUCAGUGCUGUCACAUGAAAAGAUAUAUUUACAUAAAUGUGAGGGGUGUACUUAUUUUUGUGAGAUACUGUAUGUGUAUGUCGACUGUUACAAAUGGGCACUUUAUAUCACUGGUGUUGAUAUAAAGUGCAGUUAGAGUAAGAUUUGUCAUUCUUACUACCUCAGCUCAAUAGAACACCUUUGGGAUGAAUUAGAGGGGAGACUGUGAGCCAGGCCAAAACUGGGAUGUCUGCGUUUACAUGCAUGUGAAUUUAAUAUUUAUAUCCAAAAAUUUUGGGACACCCCUCCAAAUCAUUACUCACAAAAAGUUAAGGAUAUUUGGCUUUUGGGUGAAAUUUAUGGAAAAUGUAAAAAGUUCAUGCUACAGUGAUAUAUCAUGAAAGUAGGGCAUUUAAGUAGAAGCAUGCAAUGGUGAUUUCCUCAUCUCAAACAAUUUAUUGAAACAAAAGCCAACAAUAGUGGUGGGUAUACCACAACAAAAAAUGUCAAAGUCUCAAUAAUUUGUCAUGUGCCCUUGGCUAUCAAUUACAGCUUGACAACGACGUCUCAUGCUGUUCACAAGUCGACUUAUUGUCUGCUGAGGCAUGGCAUUCCACUCUUCUUGAAGGGCGGCCCUCAGGCCAUUGAGGUUCUAGGGUGCAGGGUUACAAAGCCUCUACACGGCGACUCAGCUGAUCCCAUAGGUUUUCUAUAGGCCCUCAGGUCAUUGAGGUUCUGGGGUGCAGGGUUACGAGCCUCUACAUGGCAACUCAGCUGAUCCCAUAGGUUUUCUAUGGGAUUCAGGUCUGGAGAAAGUGCAGGCCACUCUAUUUGAUGUACCCCAGCCUCCAGCAGCCGUUCCCUAACGAUGCGACCUCGAUGAGCUGGAGCAUUGUCGUCCAUAAAGGUAAAAUUAGGCCUGUGUUGUUCAUGCAGGGGCACAAUGACUGGAUUAAUGAUGUUAUUCAAGUAGUAUUGGCUUGUCACUGUAGCAUUCACAAGAUGUAGGGCAGUUCUGUAUUGAGUAGACACACCUGCCCAGACUGUAACACCACCACAACAGUGGCUGAUGCAUAGCGCUCUCCUUGACGUCUCCAACAUCAUUGGCGGCCAUCAUUUCUGCUCAACGUGAAUCGACUUUCAUCAGAGAACAGCACUGAGGCCCACUGGUCCCUUGUCCAGCGUAAAUGCUCUCUGGCCCAUGCAAGAUGAUGCCUGUGCCUGGUGGUGUGGUCAGGUACCCUUGCAGGUCGUCUAGCACGCAGACCACGCUGAUGUAAAUGGUUUCGAAUGGUCUGACGUGACAUUUGGGUGCCUCUCACCUCCCUUAAAUGUGCCUGGAGUUGAGUGCCAUUCAUCAUCUGGUUCUGCAGGGCACUGUUCACAAUGUGUUCACUACUUCUAUGCCUUUCUGUGAAUCUUCCAGUCUCUGUCACAACCUGCUGAUGACACUCUGUGACACUCUAAGCUCAGUGGCCACUUCCCUCUGAGAACAUCCUGUUUGAAGCCUCGCAAUGGUGAGGUACUGUUGAUCAAUUGUUAGGUGUCGUCUUGGUUUCAUGAUGUCAAAAUGUGAACAGCAUAAUGAAAAGGACUGUUUAAAUACCAAUUCUAAUUGAACCAGAAAAUUUAUUGGUCGAUUCAUGGAUCAAACGCCAGUUGUGAAUUUUGCCGUUAAGCACCUUGUUAGAGAACAGGAAGUUCUGCAAAAAGUACUGAAACACUGAACAGUUGGACAUGUGCAUUCAAAAGUGUAGAGAAGGUCAAAUUAAGUUAAGGUGCAUCCUGAAAUUUCACCCGAAAGCCGAAUAUCCUAUCCUUUUUGUGAGUAGUAUACAUACAUACAUAUAGUUAUCAUUCACCAGCAAAACUGCAGAUACAUUAUGGUGAUGCUAAAUAUAACUAUGUGACAAAGCAAGAGAACUGAUGGUAGAUAAUUUAGUUAAACACUCUGGUUGGUGCAGACUUUCUAUAAGUCAGUUAUCCUAAAUUCUACAGUCACAGAAUAUUCCACAUGAAAAGCUGUGUUUUAGUAUUCUACAUGACAGGGUAAAAAAGGGCCUUGGCCCCACCCCUUCAGGAAGAGAACUGCUUCCAGAACCCAGCCAUUUUGUGUCUGUCAAAGAAUCUAUGUUGUUUUUAGUAAUAAAUAUACAAACCUACGAUAACUGAGAUAAUAUUAUGACGAUCAUGACCCUGAGAGAGAAUGAGGCAUCUUUCCGCUGAGAAAGUGCAUCUUUCAUCUUUUUGUGACCUACUUAAGGUAUCUUUCUGCGACCUGCUUCUGGUCUCCAUUGUGAAUUGUACCAUUUAUCAAGUUACCGCAAAAUACAAACACUAAUACUGUUUGGCUCCAACGUGAAAAUGUGAGAAGUACAUAUACAUAUAUCGGUCAUAAAAUGGCGCUUCUGUGGUAAAUACAAAGCGCAGUAAGGUCCCGAAUAUUACCUACAUAACUCAUAUACCAAUAUUUCUUUCUCCUUAUUGUGCAGUUGUAUUUCAAUUCAUUACAUAAAAUGUUGAUGUCAAUUACCAAAAUGCAUGUAGAAAUAUAGAAACUUACUGUGUUUAGGCUGUUAUUACAAUGCUUUGGAGAUUCAGGAGUGUUGCUGCUGGAGAUAAAGAUCAUUUGUUUCCUGUGCUGUGUCCUGUUUACCCCAACUGUAUCUCAGCGACAUCCUGAAGCACGCACCUAGAUUAUAUUCUAAUUCAUGACUUCAAAAUGUAAAAAUAACUUGCCCCUAAAUGAACAAAUCACUUCAAAAAGCUAUCAGUUAUGACUAUCCUUUCAUUUGUGGCAAAAUGUCAAAUUAGAAGCAUUUAACAAGCUAACGUUAUUAAUAAAAUCUGUGCCAUGUAAAUUAGAUAUGGAAAACAGCAAAUUCUCAUUCAACUAAAUACAAAUUUACGUACUACUCAUUAACACAGCAAUAAGCGUUAGCCUGGUAGUUACCUCAGCUCAGUCCUUAACUACAGUGUACUAUUAUGAAUGAUGAUUUGACUGUAAAUUGGGUUGGACAACUUGAACCCAAGUGCUUUUUUCUACUAGUGUUUGUAAACUACUUUGUAAACUUUUAUAGUGUGUAUAAAAAACUAAUAUGCCUUUUAAUUUUCACGUACAUUUUAAUUUUUAUGUUGCUUUACAUCACAGUGCUUUAGUGCAUUAAAUCUGAAUUGAAUCUCAUUGGACUGAUUUCAUGAGCGUAGUGUGAACAGGUAUGCUUCUUGAUAUUUAUAAAUUCCAUUAAAACAACUUCUUAUAUCUACA